AUGUUUGUCAAAUCCGAGACGUUGGAGUUGAAGGAGGAAGAGGACGUGCUGGUGCUGCUCGGCUCGGCCUCCCCCGCCUCGGCGGCCCUCACCCCGCUGUCUUCCAGCGCGGACGAGGAGGAAGAGGAGGAGCUGGGCGCGGCGGGCGGGGCGCGCGGGCCGCGCGGGGCCGAGGCGCGGCCGGGGGCGCUGGGCGGCUCGCCGGCGGGAGCCGAGGGCUGCCGGCCUGCGCGGCUGCUGGGUCUGGUGCACGAGUGCAGUAAGCGGCGCCCCUCCAGGGCGCGGGCCGUUUCCCGCGGCGCCAAGACGGCCGAGACGGUGCAGCGCAUCAAGAAGACCCGUAGACUGAAGGCCAACAACCGUGAGCGCAACCGCAUGCACAACCUCAAUGCGGCGCUGGACGCGCUGCGCGAGGUACUCCCCACGUUCCCCGAGGACGCCAAGCUCACCAAGAUCGAGACCCUGCGCUUCGCCCACAAUUAUAUCUGGGCGCUCACCGAGACCCUGCGCCUGGCGGACCAUUGCGGGGGUGGCGGCGGAGGCCUGCCGGGGGCGCUCUUUUCCGAGACCGUGUUGCUGAGCCCGGGAGGCGCUAGCGCCUCCCUGAGCAGCAGCGGAGACAGCCCGUCGCCUGCCUCCACCUGGAGCUGCACCAACAGCCCAGCGCCGUCGUCCUCGGCGUCCUCCAACUCCACGUCCCCUUACAGCUGCACUUUAUCUCCUGCCAGCCCGGCGGGGUCUGACAUGGACUAUUGGCAGCCCCCACCUCCCGACAAGCACCGCUACGCACCUCACCUCCCCAUAGUCAGGGACUGUAUCUAGAACUGCCAUCCUUGCUACCCGCGCCAGGCCUUAGUGGGUUCCCGUUCCUGUCCCUGACCAAGCCCUCCUCCCACCCCUCUCCUGUCCCCACUUCUAUGCCCUGGAAACCAUCUCACUUCACGGGGCAGAUGUAGCCGUUCUGAAUCCUGGGUUGUUUGCUGCAUUCCCUGGCUAAGUGUUUCCUUCCUUCAGACGGUCUCUAAUUUAUUGACGGUGUAAUGGAGCUUAUUGUCAAAGAGGAUGGUAGAAUUUGGGGGGCGUUUCUUAAGGCUAAAAAGAUGCUGGGAAGCGAUGAAGGUGGCCUGUCUAAAGAGUUUGCAGAGUGGACUGACGCUCCUCCCCCUCUCUGUAACACCAGGGGGACUCGGAGCGGUUCGUGUGAAUCUCCCAGGGGAAAUGCAACUGGUUCCUCUGAUCUCUUCACCUUUGCUUCUACAUAGAGAUGUUAAUGUCGAGUAGAAACAAAUGUAUCUUAGCAUCUGAAUGAUUUUACCGGUAAUAAUAUUAUCCACAGAUUUGCAAUGGCUGGCAUCUGUUUUAUUCCCAUUGCUGUCUGCGGGCUGUGGGAAUUUCACCUGUCAAACCAAACUUUCCCUCUCUGAUGUGCACUUUGUUCUGUUUCCCAGAUUCGUCACAAUGCCUAUUGUCCCGUCCUUCUCUUUCCUUUUUCUUCUCCAUUUUGCCAUCUGUCUCUUAUGAUUUAUAAGGGGAAAAAAGUUGUUUUGUUAGAGGGCCAGGUUAGAAGUCAUUGUAUAAUUUGUAGGCUUUGUAAUGAUUGAAUGCAAGCGUGGAAAUUUAGGCUGAACUCUCUAUCAAAAGGAAAAACGUGGAGGAAAAGGGAAAAAUCAGGAGGGAGGAUUGCUUCAUGCAUUAUUUAUCUCGACCUUUUAGGGGAGAAGGAACUCCCCCAUUCUUUCAAGAGAUUAAAAAUAAAUCAACAGACUGAAAACCUAAGCAGACACGGAGCAUUAUCAGGAUCAGCCACACACGUGUUCCCUUCUAUUUAUUAUAAAGAAAUUUUUCAUGGGAAAAGUAUGUAUUUUUUGUAUA